AUGUUCCGUUGGACAUACACUGCGACAGACCCCGGUGUAACACACUCGUACAACGACUUCGUGAGGAAGGGGGUGACGAACAGCCACCCUGGAAUGGCUCCGGCGGCAACCUUCUGCUGGAAAACCUUCUCCAUGAUUUCCGAAGUAUCUAACUCGGCUAUCCUCGCCGCCUUGUCACUUGACGAGAAGAUUUCGCUGCUCGCAGGUGGCUCACAAUGGCGUACCACUGCAAUCGAGCGAUUGAAAGUACCAACUUUAAAGGUCUCCGACGGCCCAUCUGGGGCGCGAGGAGAGAUAUUUGGUGAAAAUGUUCCAGCUGCUUUCCUUCCGUGCGGUGUCAGCUUAGGAGCCACUUGGGACGUUAACCUCUUGAGAGAGCUAGGAGAACUUUUGGCAGAAGAGUGUAAAUCCAAGUCUGCUUCAGUGCUGUUAGCUCCGACCAUAUGUAUUCAUCGGCAUCCUCUCGGCGGCCGCAAUUUUGAGUCCUUCAGUGAAGACCCGUUCCUUACGGGAAAGCUUGCUGUAGCCCACAUCAAGGGUAUACAAUCUCGUGGUGUGGGAGCAACUCCAAAACACUUUGUGGGGAACGACCAAGAGACCAAACGCUUCAAAGUGAACGCUCACAUAAGCCCUCGUGCGCUUCGAGAGGUGUACCUGUUGCCAUUUCAAAUGGCUGUCCGCGAAGCCGAUCCUUGGUGUAUGAUGUCAGCGUACAACAAGGUGAACGGUCACUAUUGCGAUGCUUCCCGCGAACUUCUAAUCGACAUCGCACGGAACGAGUGGAAAUGGGAUGGCGUUUUCAUGAGUGACUGGGGUGGCACAACAUCGACAGUCGACUCGAUCAACCACGGGCUGGACCUAGAGAUGCCCGGGCCGCCCACCUUGCGGUCUACUGAGGCUCUGAAAGACCCUUUGAGGGACGGUUUGAUCGACAUGACCAGGAUUGACGAGUCAGCUAGUCGGAUGCUUGCACUACUGGAAAAAGCAGGACGGUUCCAGAACGCCCCUGAUGAGCCAGAGUACUGUUGCGACAACCCCGCCACAAGGGAUCUGUUACUUAAAGCAGCUUCGUCAGGAAUUGUUUUACUGAAAAACGACAUGAACACCCUGCCGAUUGGGCCACUCGGACGGACUGUAUCCAAACUUGCAGUUGUCGGACCCAACGCCAAGAGAGUGGUUGCCGGCGGCGGAGGAAGCAGCUACAUCAAGGCACCUUACUGGACUUCAGUGUAUGACUCACUGGAGCGCGACAUCAGCCCGCACGGGACCGAGAUGGUCUUUCACGAAAGGCGCGAGGGUGAACAGAUAUCUGCCGACCCCAUCAACCGUCGUAGUCACACGCUUUCGCUGGCGUCCAUUGGCCCAGCCAAGCUGUUCGUUGACAACGAGCCAAUCCUUGAACAGUCGGGUUCUUUCGAUGAAAAGUCUACACUCUUCUUCUCAUAUGGCAGUGGCGAAGCCCGGGCAUCGCUGUCCCUGACGGCCGGCCGAGAGUACCACAUCCAGAUCGAUUGCCUUUCGCACGAUAGACAACUCGACCCCGUUAUCGCGGCAAGGAUGGAUCCCAUGGAGGACAGAUUCCAAGGGGUUCGUCUGGGGUAUGAGGAAGCUGACGCUAGAGACUUGCCUGCCGAAGCGGCUCGAAUGGCAAACAAUUGUGACGCAGCUAUUGUUGUUGUCGGACGCGACAAAGAGUGGGAAACAGAAGGACAGGACAUCCCCAUCUUUGAACUUCCCGGUGAGCAAGUUCGGUUGAUUCGCGAAGUCGCGGCCAGUUGCAGCCGGACAAUCGUGGUCGUGCAGGCAGAAACGCCAGUGCAGACGAAAGAUUGGAUAGACGAGGUGCAGGCAGUUCUAUAUACCUGGUAUCAGGGACAAGAACUUGGCAACGCUUCGGCUCAGAUCAUCUGCGGCAAGGAGAACCCCUCGGGUAGGCUGCCAGUCACGUUCCCUCUCGAUAUCAAGGACUGUCCUGCGUACUCCUCAUUCCCGGGAGAGCAAAACGAGACCUACUACACGGAAGGUCUUUACGUCGGCUACCGUUGGUGGGAUCUUGUCGGGACCAAGCCACAGUACCCAAUUGGUUACGGCCUUUCCUACAAUGAGUUCGCGGUCAAAGCAGGCUCCAUCUCCUCAACCACACUGAACGAGCAUACUCCGUUAAUGGCAGAUGUUUGGUGCGGAACACUGGCGGAUACGACGUUCCUGGGCGACAGACCAUUAUACUCUGGUGUCGCCUGA